UUGUUUCCUUUGCAAGAACAAAUCAUAUCGACCACAGCCUACACCGGUCCAUGAGUGUCUGAUUUUAUAUGCAGUCAGAUCCAACACCAUCGCAGAACCCACUGAUAUAAGGCCUAAUGACCAACCCAACAACUUAACUUCUAGAUAGACAUCAAUUCUAUAUCUUUGAUCCAACUCUUCUGAAGCAUUUAAGUGAAGCUGAUAUUGGCUCAUGUCACUUGGGUCUGAGGGCAUUGUGGCCGUUGUUGCCGUAGCAGUGGCCUGUCCACCUGCAGCUUGGGUCAUCUACAAAGCAUAUCGACAUCGUUCUUCAAGCUCAGAUCUCAAAAUGAUAAGUUUCCUCAAAAGCCUGUUUUAUUGAAACUGACACAUUUGAACGCCCUUCUACCAACCCAUGAGACGUUCCGACUCGAUCAUCUCCCAACGGCUGCUCCUGCGCCCCAGCCAACUAUGAGGUGCUUGAGAUGUAGCACCGCUUCUGAUGAGUCUUUAAUGAGAAUCGUGGGUACACUUUCAACCUUGGGCUAUGCACAACCAGCUGACGGGCAUUUGGUACCAGUCCACUUUUGAAACAUCCAUCACGCGAUCAAAUGUUUUUCAAAUUUUCAACACUUAGUCUACGCGAUAUUUUGGAAAACUCCCAAGGAAUCGAUUGGUGGACUAUUUCAGCUUCGACAUGCUCCACUAGCCAGCCGGAAAUCAGCGAACAUAU